AUGCUGUGUUCAAGCUUCACGCCAUCAGAUAUGGGACGAACUUGGGCAAGAGUUUCUAAGACACGAGGUAUUACUGGUUUAAUAUCACCAUUAACUAUAGAUCAUUUAAAAAACCCAAAAGAAUAUUUUGAAGAGUUUUUAAUGAAGAAAAAAAAAGAUUUAAUUAUAAAACAGAUAACUCGAAAAUUAAUUGCUGAUAAAUCAGUUAAAAAUCAUUUAUUAAAAGAUUUCAAAAAUAUUUCAAAAAAAUUUAAUGAAUAUGAAAAUGAUGAUGAAAAUUUAUCUGAAUGUUCAUUAUUUUUAAUUGAUACAAGUGCUUAUGAUAUGAAAGAAAUUUAUUUUGAUGAUGAAAAUUCACGUGGAAAUGAAGGUAAAGUUGAACUUGUUAAUAUUCAUAUAAAUGAAUUAAUUGAAAAUUAUUCUGUAUCAAUUGAUCAAAUUGGUGAAGCUGGAUUUUUAUCAGAUAGUCGUCGAAUAAAUGUUGCUAUAAAACGUGCACGUAGACAUUUAUGCAUUAUUUGUAAUGUACAAAUACUUACUCAUGAUCCAUUUAUUAAAAGAUUAAUUGAUUAUAUGAUUCAACAUGGACAAAUUCAUUUAGCAUUUGAAUUUAUUGAUGGUUUUUAUUAUUUUUUUUAUCUUUAUUUGAAAGUUUCAUUU